AUGACGUUCAACGCUCUGCCAAGCAACGAUUUAAUGAGCGAAGGUCAAGGAGUUCGCGGAUAUGAUAAGUUACUCACAUUUGAGGAACAAGGCGAGGCCUUUACCCCUGUGCUACGGCAAAGGGGUUGGAAAGUUUUAUGGGGUCUCACCAUAUUACCAACCUUUUAUUUCACGAGGUGCUCAGAUCGAUACUCUCUAUAUGUAUCCACUUCAAAAACAGGAGCAUAUUGCCUGGAUAGAGGAGGCUCAUGCCGUACAAUGUAUGCUUAUCUGUCGCCUUCCAAUACCUCCGGCACCUCCGCUGCCGGGUGUGGGCUGCUCCUCUUCCUCGACACCCAUCAAUUUGCUGCUGGGGAGGCCGUGAAAUUUGCCGAUCAAUCCAGACCGAUCAUUGAAAACAGUGCUGUUCACAGGUGGCGACGGGAGAGUCCCACAACGGAUGCAGCAGCAGUAGAUCGAGCUGCAGAACUUCUGCAGUGGCAGUUACCACAUUUGGACUUUGCCGAGGCGUCAGCUCCCCAAAUUCUUCUAGAUCAGAAGGAGAAAGAAGGGGAGGAAGAGCGAAAUGGGCUGCCACUACGCGAGCACCACGAGGAUCAUAUCUAUGCUUCUAAGGUUUUUAGGGAGAGCUACUCACCCCCAAGCUUUCUGGUGGACUCUGUGAAGCUAGUCGUAAAGCUUGAUUUCUUCGACACCAAGGUCUUGUCUCGCUUAGUGUUACACCGUGCGCCUUCUGCACCGCCCCAAGAUCUCGUGUUGGACGGGGAAGACUUGGAACUCGAUCAGGUGGUUCUAAACGGCAAGUUGUUGCUGUCCGAUCCAAUUGAUGGCUUUUCUCUUCGCCAGGAGGAAGGACAGUUGGUAAUCCCUCAGAAGCUCCUGCCACGGGAUGGAGAUACACCGUUCGAGCUCUUAAUUGAUGUAUCCCUGAAGCCGAUGGAAAAUCGGUGGCGAAAGGGGCUCUUCAUCUCACAGCAUAGUCUCAUUACGCAGUGCGAGCCUGAAGGAUUUCGAGCGAUCACCUUUUUCUUGGACAGACCGGACAUCCUAGCCAGAUUCUACGUACGCCUUGAGGCAGACAUGAAGACGUUCCCUGUGCUUCUUAGCAACGGAAAUAAAGUAGCGGAAGGCCCAAUCGACUGGUCCCCUGGGAAGCACUUCGUGGUCUUUGACGAUCCCCAUCCCAAGCCUUGCGACUACUUUGGAAUUGUUGCAGGGAACUUUGGGGCUUUGAAGGCUGGAAUUAUGACACAGGGAGGCCGUCUGGUAACCCUCCAAUUCUAUAGCAAGCUGGCGGAUGUGUGGAAGUUGAACUGGGCCCUUGAAUCUCUAAAGAAGAGUAUGCGGUGGGACGAGGAAAAUUUUAACAUUGAAUAUGACUUGGAUCUAUUAAGCGUUGUUUGCGUUGAGGACUUUGGGGGCCAAAUGGCAAACAAAGGGCUCUUUAUCUUCGACUGCGACGCUCUGCUUGUGGACCCCAAAACGAACACUGAUAAUAAGCGCCCGAGAAGAGUGGGGGAAAGGGGUGCUGUUUUUUUCGCAGACGCCGAUCUCUACAAAGUCAUGUCCGCCGUCGCACACGAAUAUUUCCGCAACUGGGCAGGCAGUCGUGUUGCAGUGCGAGACCGGUUCCAGCUGAGCCUGACCGAGGGUUUGACGAAGUUAAGGGAAUCUCUCUUCACUGCAGCAAUGGCUGCCCCAGGGGACCGUCGAGUUAGCGGUGUGCGCUACAUUUUCUCGAAAAUCUUUCGAUUGGAUCAAAGUUCGAGGGCGAAGCCGCUGAGGCCCGACAGCUAUGGAGACGUUUACGAGCUCUACAGCCCGGCCUUACACUGGAAGGCUGCCGAGGUCAUGCGCGCGUAUCAAACGUUGUUGGGGGAAGAUGGGUUUCGACGCGGUCUUUCUUUGUAUCUAGCGAGACAUGACGGAGAGGCAGUGACGAUAGACGACUUUCGAAAGGCCAUGGAAGACGCCAACGGUCUGGACCUCAAGCAGUUCAACCGCUGGUAUUCUCAGGCGGGGACACCCGAGGUGCGGGUAGAGCAGGCGACGUACAAUCCAAACUUCAAGACCUUCACACUAACCCUGUCGCAGCAUACUCCCCCCACCCGCAGUCAGCCUACCAAACUUCCUCUGAUGAUACCUAUGAAGUUUGGACUCAUCGGUAAAAUAAGCAAAAAGGACCUCCUUGACCCACCCACCAUGGUUCUCGCACUAACGAGCGAAAAGAAGACGACGGUGGUGUUGGACGUAGAGGAGGACUGCGUGCUCUCUGUACAUCGCGAGUUCGCUGCACCCGUGAAGUUUUAUGAACCCCUGUCGGAAGAGCAGAGAGCCUUUCUUCUUGCUUAUGAUACCGAUCCAGUCAACAAGUGGCGCUCGGCAAACGUUCUUUUCGUGUCCUUCAUUCUAUCACGCGCGGUUCUUGCCCGACAAAACCCCAAUGCAGUUUUCGCUCCUCUUCCCGUACAUUUCAUAGAAGCACUGAGAACCGUUCUACGAGACGAAACUACUGCGGGUUCCAUAAAGGCGAGCCGCUUUCCUGCCCCUGUGUCUUCUUUAAUACAUGAAGGUGUCCAUUCGAAAACAGCUCUCACAUUGAUGGUUCCCAAAGUCAGGGAUUUGUCCAGGAAAUUUCGCCCUUUGGACCCCGAUGCACUGCAUUUUGCCCGUCGCUCCGUUAUCCGCGAAGUCCGGGCUGCUUUGAUGGAAGAACUGGUUUUUCUUUUUGACGAGGUGUAUACCUCUGCACCUGGAGCUAACUGUCAUGACAGGGAGGAGCUGUCCAGGCGUCGUCUGCAGAACGCUUUGUUGUUCUAUUUGUCCGAGACAAGAGAUAGCGAGGCAGCAGAAAGGGCCUAUAAAUACUUCUUUCAUGCGCAGUGCAUGACAGACAAGUACCACGCACUUAUAGCACUCUCCGGCAUGGAGCAUCCUUUGAGACAAAAGGCGUUGGAUCGUUUUUAUAUGGAAGCCAAGGGUAACCAGCGCCUAGUAAACAGUUGGUUCAGCGUGCAGGCGAGUGCCGACCUGCCUGAUCAAGUGGAGAGAAUGCGGCAGCUGCAGCAGCACCGCGAGUUCUCCUUCUCCAACCCAAGCAAUGUCCGGUCUCUUCUGUUUGAUUUCGUGCACACGAAUGACGUGCACUUCCAUCGUACAGAUGGAGAGGGCUACAAACUCUUGGCAGAUGCUAUAGUGGAACUUGAUCGGUUGCACAGCCUCCAAGCAUUAAACGGGGCGAAGCUGUUCUUUGGAUGGCGUGACAUGGAUGCACGCAGACAGUUGUUGAUGCAGAAGCAAAUCUCCCGCUUACUCGAAGAUCGAUCUCUCUCCGAUGGCGUUCGUAAGGUCCUCUCUGACGCCUUAGGGAGAACAAGUGGGUAG